GGCGGCCCCGGGAGCGCCGGCGGCGGCCGCGCCAUGAAGCGGGACGUGAGGAUCCUCCUGCUGGGGGAGGCCCAGGUGGGGAAGACGUCUCUGAUCAUGGCUCUGGUGGGCGAGGAGUUCCCCGAAGAGGUCCCUCCUCGUGCAGAGGAGAUCACCAUCCCAGCUGAUGUCACCCCUGAGAGGGUCCCCACACACAUAGUGGACUACUCAGAGUCGGAGCAGACAGAGGAGGAGCUGCAGGAGGAGAUCUCCAAGGCCAACGUGGUGUGCAUGGUGUAUGAUGUCACCAAGGAGGCCACCAUCGAGAAGAUCCGCACCAAGUGGAUCCCUCUGGUCAACGGUGGAGCUGGGAAGGGCUCCAGGAUCCCUAUCAUCCUGGUGGGCAACAAGUCUGACCUGCAGGUGGGGAGCUCCAUGGAUGUCAUCCUGCCCAUCAUGAACCAGUUCUCAGAGAUUGAGACCUGUGUGGAGUGCUCUGCCAAGAACCUCAAGAACAUCUCUGAGCUCUUCUACUAUGCCCAGAAAGCUGUGCUGCACCCCACGGCCCCGCUCUACGACCCCGAGGAGAAGCAGCUGAAGCCUGCCUGCGCUCGAGCCCUGACCCGCAUCUUCACCCUCUCAGACCAGGACAACAACCAGGUCCUCAGUGAUGAGGAACUCAACUACUUCCAGAAGUCCUGCUUUGGGAACCCCCUGGCCCCCCAGGCCCUGGAGGACGUGAAGAUGGUUGUGUGGAAGAACACCACGGACGGGGUGCAGGACAACGGCCUGACGCUGACCGGCUUCCUCUUCCUCAACACCCUCUUCAUCCAGCGGGGCAGGCACGAGACCACCUGGACCAUCCUGCGCCGCUUCGGCUACGACGACGAGCUGGAGCUGACCGAGGACUACCUGCACCCACCGUUCCGGCUGCCCCCCGGCUGCUCCACAGAGCUCAACCACCUGGGCUACCAGUUCCUGCAGCGUGCCUUCGAGAAGCAUGACAAGGACCGGGACGGAGCCCUGUGCCCGGCGGAGCUGCAGAGCUUCUUCAGCGUCUUCCCCUGCGCGCCCUGGGGCCCCGAGCUGCGGCGCAGGGUGUGCACCACGGAGGCAGGGCUGCUCUCCCUGCACGGAUUCCUCUGCCAGUGGACGCUGCUGGCUUACCUGGACGUGCGGCGCUGCCUGGAGGGCUUGGGCUACCUGGGCUACCCCAUCCUGGCCGAGCAGGACUCACAGGCACAGGCCCUGACCGUGACCCGGGAGAAGAGGAUCGACCUGGAGAAAGGGCAGACCCAGCGCAAUGUCUUCCUGUGCAAGGUGGUUGGUGCCAGGGGUGUGGGCAAGACCUGCUUCCUGCAGGCCUUCCUGGGCAGGAGCCUGCUGGAGCAGAAGGAGACCCCAGGGGAGCCUUCCCCCUACGUGAUCAACACGGUGCAGGUCAAUGGGCAGGAGAAGUACCUCAUACUGCACGAGGUCAGUGCUGACACCACCUUCACCCGGCCCUCGGACGCAGCCUGCGACGUCGUCUGCUUCCUCUACGACCUGAGCGACCCCAGGUCCUUCAGCUACUGUGCCACCGUUUAUAAGCAGCACUACGUGGACAGCCAGAUCCCCUGCGUCUUCGUGGCCUCCAAGUCGGACCUGCCAGAAGCCAGCCAGCAGCCCACGCUCUCCCCAGCUGAGUUCUGCUACAAGCACUGCCUCCCAGCACCCUUCCCCUUCUCCUGCCAGGGCCAGGGCCCACCCAGCACCACCAUCUACACCAAACUGGCCACUGCUGCCACCUUCCCCCACCUGAACGCGGUGGAGCUGGGAGCUGCCUCCUUCUGGCUGCGGGUGGCGCUGGGCACGGCCGUCACAGCCCUGCUGGGCUUCACCCUCUACCGAGUGCUGGCCAAGAACAAGUGAGGGCCUCUGCUCCCUGCCCCCCCCGGCACCCCCCGAGGAGGGGCC